GGAGCACAAACGCUGAAGUUGACCGAACCCUUUUGGAGCUUUGAAAUAUUCUGGACAGGAACUUGAAUUUCAGCAAAAGAUCUUCUUCUUGUUCGAUUAGUUUGGCUUUAGCUGGUUUGAUUUAAAAACAUUUUUGGCAGCAUCUUGGACUACAAGGUCAUAAAUCCUGGACUUUUUCAGACUUUUGUCUUUUAUAUUCAGUGCUGUGUUGAAAUUGUAUCCCCCUGUAAAUGCUGAAGUUUGUAUCUGAUACUCAGAAAAAAAGAGGUGAAGUGGUAACCAUGUGGAUCCCGACACCCAGCAUGACUCUUCCUCAGAGGAUAGUGCUCUAUGGGACAUGUGCUGUGGCGUUGAUGAACUCUGUGGGCCUUCUUGUACUCUUGGUCCAGCAGAAUCAACAACGUGUCCAGCUGGAGCAGACAGAGGUGAGACUGACAGAGGUGGAGCAGAGCUCGGUGGUGGAGUUUCUCCAGGAGGUGCCUAGAGGAGCGGCGGGGAUGCAGGCAAGUGUUGGGGAACAUACACAAUACCAGUAUGACCAGUAUGAGUACCAAUACUCCAGGAACAAGAGGAGUGAUGAGCUGCAGAAGGAGCAGGAGGUGCAGGAGCUUCACCAGAAGGAGGAGCAGGAGCACCAUCAGCAGGAGGUUAACCAGGAAGCGGGAGAAGAAACAGAGAAGAAGAAGAAGAAACAUGAGUGGAAGCACAAGCAAAGACACAGUCAGAAUUUCCACAAGGCACAUGUGCAGGACGACAUGAUGAUGAUGAUGACUUACUCCAUGGUCCCGAUCAAAUUAUUGAUUGACAUUUGCAACAGCACCAAAGGAGUCUGCAUAGCUGGACCCCCAGGACCGCCUGGUUUGCCUGGUGCGGAUGGUUUGCCUGGCUACAAUGGGACUGAUGGCAACCCAGGACUGAAUGGACUGCCCGGGGCUGAUGGGAAAAGAGGAAAAAAAGGGCUGCCAGGUGAGAGAGGAGAACCGGGUGAAAAAGGAGAGCCUGGUCCGCCUGGAGAGAAGGGACAACCAUCCAAUGACAUCAUUAUCGAGGGUCCUCCUGGUCCACCUGGCCCUCCUGGACCUCCUGGACCUCCGGGCCCUCAGGGGCCUCCCAGAACAAGGCACCACAGGGCCUACUACCCUCAGGCUGCUCAGACUCUGGGGCUGUUACAUGUUCCAAAUGAUGAAACUUCAUCUGUAAAGGAGGCUGUGAAACAACACGAGCGGCCAUCUAAGAAAAAUGAGUGUCUCAUUAAGUCACUGAUCAAUCCCAGGAAUGUGACAAAGAUGGAGAGCACAUUUGGCACAUGGAUGAAAGACACGGCUCAACUAAAUGAUGAGCGAAUAUGGGUGGCAGAACACUUUUCUGGUCGUGUGGUGAAGGAGUACAAAGGCAUUGCCUCCUUCCAAACCAACAGUAGUGAUUCUGUGGAUAUUAGGAAGUUCUACUACGGCUGUGGCCACACUGUUCACAAUGGUUCCUUCUAUUAUCAUAUUGCUGGAACGUCCAGCAUUGCCAGGUUUGACUUUCACACCAAGAAGCUUCUCACGCUGUCUGUAGACAACGCUCUGUACAACAACCUCGCUUACCUGCUCCACAACUCCAAGACCUACUUCAAACUGGCAGCAGAUGAGAAUGGCUUGUGGCUGAUCUUUGCCUCCAGCAUAGAUGCGAGCAUCAUAGUGGCCCAGCUGGACCAGAAGACCUUCUCCAUCACGUCCUACAUAAACACCACCUACCCCCACACCAAGGCUGGCAAUGCCUUCAUCGCCUGUGGUGUACUAUAUGUCACUGACACCAAGGACACCAGAGUCACCUAUGCUUUUGACCUGCUUAAGGAAAAACCAGUCAAUGUAACCUUUGACCUGAGGUCUCCAGAUGGAGUGUUGGCAAUGCUCUCGUACAGCCCAAAGGACAGACACCUGUAUAUGUGGGACCACAGCUACGUCAGGCUCUAUGUGGUCCACUUUAGCUAUGAUGAAUGAAAACUACAGCAAAAAAUGACAGACAACAUGUAGAUAUGCCUGCUGACUACCAACUAUUCAUUCUUUGGAAAUUUGUCAUACACUGCCAAGAUUUAUCCUCUUGUUGCAGCUGGUUGUCAAAAAAGUCAACAUUUCACUGAAGAAAAUACAUUUUGGUCAAUGAGUGUCAAAAAUAAAUACUGCUGUAUUGUAUUCACAAUGUACAUGGUGUUACUAAUAAUGGGAAACAUUUUAUUUUGUAUCAGACAGUUCAGUUUGUAGAUACUGAGCUUGGCCUCGUGUCACUGUCUGUGUAGUAUAUUAUCAGAUGCAUUUGCAUGAAAAACAUCUUUUGUGUUUUUGUAGUGCAUGUUAUUCCCCCUGAUAGUCUAUACAUAUCGAGAGGCCACCUGCCUUUGUAAAGGAGCCCUGCUCACUUUUUCCCCUUGAGCAAAGAAACAAAAACUGCACCAUAUCACCCUGAUGAAAUAAAAAAAGAAUUUAUUCACUUUACAAAGGUAAAACUCUGACCAUGAUCUGUUCUCUCACACACCUCCAUGCUCAAGUGUACAAGUGUCUACCCAUAAUAUUGGCUUCUUUUGCAUUAUUACAUGCGCGCACACACACACACACACACACACACCAGUUAGACCACUGGUAAAACACAUAAGGUUACAUACAGUAUACACAGUAGACAGAAAGAGAGAGAGAAACACAAAUCUGUUUAAUACCGUACAUACACAACAAAAGUUACAACUAAUCCAACUGGUAUGAUACAAACCAAAAAUAAAGAAAUGCUUUUAUGUUUGUACAAGCUGU